GUCUCAUGUUUAUAAACACUGUCUUGUGAAGAGCCGUGAGGUAGGCUUGUAACCACACUUAAUGUCUUCAGCCUUCAAUUGGGACGCUGUCAUUCGCUCCUCAGCCAAAUUAGAUUUCACACACCACUCAAACAGGAGCUCAUAGGGAAAGAAGUAAGGGGACAAUGCGAGUCCACGUGCACACCAAGUUCUGUUUCCUGUGUGUGCUCACCUUCCUCUUCCAUCCGUACAGCCGCUGCAAUGGAGAAGGGCACGGCCACCAGCAUGGUGGACAUCAACAUGACAAACACCACCACGCUCACAACGACCUGCAGAUCUCUGAUGCUCCAUAUGUGAGAGGAGGUAUUCCACCUCCGGAGGCAAACAUUCAUCAUGUAGACUCUCCGGAGGAGGAACAACAGUUUUACAUCCAGCAGCUGUUCAGGCGCUAUGGCCACAAAGGCAGGCUAGAUUACCAGGGAUUUCAGAGUCUGCUAUUAAGCUUGGGUCUGGGAGAAGUGAAGGUGGUAGGUCUGGAUCAUGAUGAUCUUGGCCAUGACCACGUUGCUCACCUCGAUCUAUUGGAUGUGAAGGAUGGGCUUCACACUCAUUCAACCACCAAAACAGGCCAAGGCAAGGGUCGUGGGAAUUGGCAUGGUCAUUCCCACAAUCCACAUAACGAACAGGUUCCCACAGAGUGCAGCUAUCACACUACUCCUAUCAGUCCUGUCGGUGCACCUACAGGACUUGACCAUAAACAUGAUCACAGCCAUCAUGGGCAUGAUCAUGGCAACGCAGAGGAUAGGGACCAUAAACGUUCUGAUGGAAAUGUGAAGGACACACAUGCCCACGGCCAUGAUCAUGACCACGAAAAAGAGCACAAACCUGAGCAGGUACAUUCCACCAACAAGGACCAGGCCACUCAACCUCCCAAUGAUAACGACCACAGCACUCACGAUCACAGUGAUCACGACCACAGCGAUCAUGAUCACAGCACCCACGACCACAGCGACCAUGAACAUGAGCGAAAAAUUGAGCAGGUACAGCACAACAGUAAGGACUUGUCAUCUCAACCACACAUCGAUCAUCACCAUAGCAACCACGACCAUAAUGAUCAUGACCACAGUAAUCAUGAUCACAGUGCUCACGACCAUGACAAAGAACACAAACAUGAAAAAGUACAAGUACAGGCUAAUCAAAAGAACUUGUCUUCUCAACCUCAUGGUGAUCACGCUCACAUAGAUCACGACCACAGUAAUCACGAUCACGACCACAGUAAUCACGAUCACGACCACAGUAAUCACGAUCAUGACCACAGUAGUCACGAUCACAGCGGUCACGACCACAGCGGUCACGAUCACAAUGAUCACAACCAUGAUAAAGCACAGAAAAAAGAACAGAUACAUGCAGGUUCUGAUGGCAAAGACCUGUCCUCUCAACCUCACAAUGGUCAUGACCACGUUGAUCAUGACCACGUUGAUCAUGACCACAGUGAUCAUAAAGAUGACCAUGGACAUCUCCACGAAGUGCCGACAGGUACAGACUCUUCACCAAGCGACCAGGUGCAGCAGCCAUCCCAGGUCCUCCAGGCUCCACAACCAUCUUCUGCCUCGACAGAAAGCCAGACAAGGAAGCUGAAAAAGCCAAUUGGGGCCAGGGGACAGGUUGGAGAAAACAAAGACACUUCAUUGCCCGAUGACCAUGAUCAUCAACAUGGACACCAUGACCAUGACCAUGACCAUGGUCAUGGCCAUGGUCACAGCCAUUCUCAUAAAAGAAAGAGAGAAGCCCCAGGAAGUCAUGCACAUCCCACUCUGCCUGGCCCUGCCUCGUCUGUCAACGCAGAAGGGAAGUCUCAUCAGCAUGAGGAGUGUUUGAACCUGACUCAGCUCCUCACCUACUAUGGCCUGAAUCCAGACUCGCCCAUCUCCCCGCGUCAGUUCACCUACCUGUGUCCUGCCCUGCUCUAUCAGAUAGAUAGUCGGGUCUGCAUUCGCCAUUACCACCAGAUGGAUUUGGAGCAGGAAAAUUCUGUGUUGGUGUGGCUCUGGGGCUUUGUGUCCAUCACCAUCAUCAGCCUGCUUUCUCUGCUGGGAGUGGUGCUCGUACCCAUCCUCAACCAGGCCUGCUUCAAGUUCCUGCUCACCUUCCUGGUGGCGCUGGCAGUGGGCACGCUCAGUGGAGACGCGCUCCUUCAUCUGCUGCCACAUUCUCAAGGGCAACAUGACCACGAGCACGGCGGGCAAAGGGCGAGCCAGAGCACUGAUCUGGUUACUGAAUUUGAUGGAGUGUGGAAAGGCCUAACUGCGCUGGCCGGCAUCUACCUCCUCUUCAUCAUUGAGCAUUGUAUCGGCAUGUUUAAGCACUACAAAGACCACAAGGGCAAGAAGACGAUCGAGGAGGGCAAGAUUGGCAGGAAGUUGUCAGAUCACAAGUUAAAUCGGCGCUCAGAUGCAGAGUGGCUGCAUCUGAAGCCCAUCAGUGAAGACCAUGACGUCACAGUCGUCUCCUGCGACAACGGUCACAACGACACGCAGAUCACAGAGCUCCAGCCUCCCGACUCUCCCACCACCAGGACGCCCCUGGCACCCCAAAUCGCCCAACAAGAGCCCCAGUCACCCAAAAAGGAGAACGGACACAAGGUGAAGAAGCACGGACACGGCCAUGGUCACUCGCACGGACACGGUCACUCCCAUGGAGGAAACUGUCACUCGGACCAGGAGAUGAAGGACGCCGGUAUAGCCAGCAUCGCCUGGAUGGUCAUCAUGGGUGAUGGCAUGCAUAACUUCAGUGACGGUUUGGCUAUAGGCGCAGCGUUCAGUGCAAACCUGACAGGAGGCAUCAGUACAUCAGUGGCUGUUUUCUGCCAUGAAUUACCUCAUGAGCUCGGUGACUUUGCGGUGCUGCUGAAAGCGGGGAUGUCAGUGAAGCAGGCCAUUGUCUACAAUCUGCUAUCCGCCCUCAUGGCCUACGUUGGCAUGGUGAUUGGCACAGCUGUGGGCCAGUACACGCACAAUGUCACCAGCUGGAUCUUCGCCAUCACAGCUGGCAUGUUCCUCUAUGUGGCUCUGGUGGAUAUGCUGCCAGAAAUGCUUCACGGGGACAGUGAGGACCACAAGCGCUGCCAGCUGGGACACUUUGUCCUGCAGAAUCUGGGCAUGCUGACCGGGUUCGCUAUCAUGCUGCUCAUUGCCAUCUUUGAAGACCAAAUCGUUUUUGAUUUCGGCUUUGAUUAAAGAAGAGACAGGGGUGGUGGGGAAAUGUAGUAGGAGAGGGGAGAGCUGGAUGUAUCAGUAUUGUUCUUCUUGGCCUUAUCAUGCUUUGUUUGCAAUGUAACGGCCCAGUCUUGCAUGCGUUGUGAGUCUCGUUCAUGGCCUGUGCCUCCAUUCCAAACAAGCAGCGGUUAGCUUAUGCAUAUCACAUGACUGUGCCAGUGGUGUUUACACUCUGCUCCUCCGUCAGCUCCAAUCUGUCCGCUCCCCUAGAAGCAAAAAAAAAAAAAAAGAGAAAGAAAAAAGGCUGAAUGAAAGAAGAGCGGGGCUGCUAUCCAACCAGAAACACCUCUGCUCUGAACCAGUAAGCUCCAUCUUUUUAAAAAAAAAAAAAAAAAAGAGCUGGAAGGUGUUCCUGCAGAGAACCAGCUGUCACGGCCCGGCAGCCCGCCGCCCAUGCAUCAUCACCUGUUGUUGUUAGUGUGUUGUUGUCCUCGUACUCCGCCCCCACGCCUCUUCAUCUCUUAUCCACCCUGUGCUGUGUCCCAUCAUCCAUGACUCGUACAUCUGUGGUGUGUGUUCCACCCGCCAUCCGUCAUAAACUUUUGAUGUGAUCACGCUGUGUACCAAACAUCCCGUGUCUCUCUGUGCCAAGCCCUGGCCACUGGAGCAGAACCACAGCUGCUCCACACACACCGUCACAGUGUCCUUAAAGAGACGUGGAGUUCAGCGCUGCUACUUUUUUUUUUUUUUUACAUCUGAAACAAACCCUUCAGCUCCUGUGGCUUCUCCGGUCUAAAUAGAAGAGAGUGUUUUCCUGAUGCUUCGUGGGAGAUUCCCAAAAUGAUUCAGUGUUUUUAUGAUACCACUUAAUCCAUCUUUGACUUCAGAUUUAUGUUUCAGUCUAAUUUGAUUUUUGGGAUUUUUAACACUAGUUGAUGGUAAUUUCUAACACAGCUGCCAAAACUUUAGCAGUUUGGCAUUAAGGACUAAACAAUCUUUAAGAGCUAGAUGUCAUAAAUGUCUGAUCACGUUUGACAAUCUGUCGCCAAGGGAGAAACACCGUCGUUAAGUCUUCAUGCUCUCUUUCCUUUAGAUCAGCAACUUUAAAAUGUGAAUUCAAAACUACUCUCACCAGUCUUAAUCAAUAAAGUGUAGUUGAGAUACAGCUAGGUGCUGCAGUGGAUAUUUAAUUACAGUGGGAGGUAGAGUUUGUAGAUUUUUUUUGAUGUACUGUAAAUACAUGCUGUCUUCGUAGUGUCAGUAGUUUAGCAGCUCAAAGCUUAUCUUCUUUCCUGCUGAAUCGAUUUUUAAAGUACCUCUGUCAAGGACUCAGUGAAGCUCCUGACAAUCAGAGGGAGACCAAUCAAAAGACAGAACUAAAUGCUAGCUGCUUUCAAACGACAGCAUUCCCUGCACUUGUAAUAGAUGUUAAACUCGCGUUAUUGAACCUUGUGAUUUUUACUUUUAUGAAUAUUUUUUACUUAUGCUUCUGAGGGUGUCUGUUGAAGUCACUGACUGUGCCAAAACUGGUCUCAGUGUGGGCUUUCAGUGGCUGGUGCUUGACACUGCCCCCUCCCCCCCUCCCCCCAACCCCUCCCUAACGCCCCGACAUUCCAUUGGCUGUUCUGCGGCUCACAUGCUAAGCUAACUAGCUUCAGCUGCUGGAGCGCACACGGGUAACGUGUGUGACUUCAUUUAUCCUGUCACUGUGUGACAUCAUCCAUCUUCUAUGUCUAAACUGGCUGUAAAUCAUUGUCAGUCACAUCGAACUCAUGUUGUUGAUCUGACUGAAUCAUGCAUGAAGCAUGAGUGAAACAGUACAGACGUUGUGCUGAGUGUAACUUUGUUUUCAUUCUUUGUACUGCAAAGUUAAAAUAUUGACAACCUUUGUUACUUUAUAAAGAAACUGUGUGAAGAUCCUCAGAGGUUCUUCAGGUGUAGUGUGACUGGUGUUAUGAGCCUUUUCGAUGAUGCAGGUGUGAGAGCACAGAACUUCUCUGCAUCACUUUUUUUUUCUUUUAUAGCAUUUUUUUUUUUCUUUGUAGGUUCAUGUUUGAUUUAGGUGCACACUAUCGUUAAACAGGACCUGAAUGUAGUUUCAAUCUGUUCUCUAAACAAGUUGUAGUUUUUUGACAUCAACUAAUUAGCUUUCUUCAAUACUCAUUUUGAUUCUUUAGUUUAUAUUUAUGUUUAGAGGGUUCUUUUUUCUAGAAACAGUGUUUUUCUCGUUGGUAUUAAUUGUUUAAUUUAAAUCAAAACGUUUAAUUAGAGUUUGACACUUAAUGAAACUACGACCCAAAUACAGAUUCUGUUUACUUUCUUGGGCAGCAAAUUGUGUUGAAAAUGAAGGUCUCUGAUUGCACUCAUUCUCGCUUUGUUGUACGUUCAUUUGUUUAGUCAUCUGGAUAUAAAAUGCAAAAUGUGACAUCCUUGCUGUUUGCCUGUCUGUGCUUCUCCCCAUUAUGAAAAGGACAAUAAAUUCUGGAAAAAA